AUGCUCAACCGACUGCACGCGAUGAAGCAGCUUUUGCCGUUCAUGUCGGUGGAGCUGCCCACGUAUCAUGCGCCGCUGCUGCGCGUCAAGACAAUGUACGAGUACCUUGCGUGGCCGCUGGGCCAGCACCAAGCGCAGCAAUUCUUUACAUAA